AUGGCUAUGAAAAGACAUAAGCACCAUAUUGAAGUAUAUAAAGAUAAUAGCGAGGACAUAAUAAAUGUUUCUGGUGGUAUUAGUAGUGAAGCCCAAACGUUCCUUGCCAAGGGGGCCCAAGUAAUUGUACGCAUGAAGGGCUUACCUUAUUGUUGUACAGCUAAAGAUGUCAUAAAUUUCUUUGAAAAUGGUGAGCAAACUUGUGCUGUAAUGGAUGGAGAAGAAGGCAUUUUAUUCGUUAAAAAACCUAAUGGAGGUACAACGGGUUAUGCGUUUGUUCUAUUUGCUGAUGAUUGUGAUGCUCCUAAAGCACUUAGUAACCACAUGAAACUAAUAGGCACAAGGUUCAUUGAACUAUUUAGAUGUACAACAGCAGAAGUAAAACAGUUUUUGAAUCGUGCAAUGGAUCCAUCUGUGCGAUCAACAUCUAGUGAUAGCAAUGGCAACAUAACCACCCCAGUAGCAUUAACUGCUGGUGUGAAUAAUUCGCCUACUGCACUUCUUGGGCAUGUUCCGCUUCUGCCAUUGCCUCAGCACGUCAUCACUAGUGGCACACGUAAAGACUGUAUACGCUUACGUGGACUUCCAUUUGAAGCAAAUGUAGAACAAAUACUUGAGUUCCUCGGAGAACAUUCCAAAAAUAUUAUAUUUCAAGGUGUGCAUAUGAUUUACAACUUUGUGGGUCAUGCUACUGGUUUAGCAUUCAUUCAAAUGAAUAACGAGGGUAGUGCUGCUCAGGCAGUAAUGGCUAAACACUACAAUUAUAUGUCUUUCGGAAAAAAACAACGGUACAUUGAAGUGUUCCAGUGUUCUGGUGAAGAUAUGCAUCGGGUGUUGGCUGGUGGAGGAGCGUCAGGAGCUUUAUUCCCAUUAGCUGCCAAAGCGCUAUUAUCACCACCUAUUAUGUUACCUGCACAGCCUCUAAUGGCCUCCAGCCAGGUUGCUUAUCUUGGUACCCCAUUUCCUACCAUAAUGCCCGCUUGGGAUCCAAUGUCCGUUUACACCCAGAAUUCAGCUCAAACCAUAGCCCUCCAGCGUACGGCUGUGACAGCUACCCAACAACAACUACAACAACAGCAACAACAGGAAUCAUGGUUGUAUCAACUAGCUCCGAAUAAACAAUAA